AGAGAUGCCAAGGGCCAGUACCUGUUCGACCUCCUGUGCCACCACCUGAACCUGCUGGAGAAGGACUAUUUCGGCAUCCGCUUCGUGGACCCCGACAAGCAGAGGCAUUGGCUGGAGUUCACCAAGUCGGUUGUGAAGCAGAUGAGGGCCCAGCCGCCCUUCACCAUGUGCUUCCGUGUGAAGUUCUACCCCACCGACCCCGCAGCGCUGAAGGAGGAGAUCACCAGGUAUCUGGUCUUCCUGCAGAUCAAGCGGGACCUGUACCACGGCCGCCUGCUCUGCAAGACGUCGGACGCGGCGCUGUUGGCCGCUUACAUCCUCCAAGCCGAGAUUGGGGACUACGACCCGGGGAAGCACCCCGAGGGCUACAGCUCCAAGUUCCAGUUCUUCCCCAAGCACUCGGAGAAGCUGGAGAGGAAAAUCGCCGAGAUCCAUAAGUCGGAGCUGAGUGGGCAGACUCCAGCCACUUCAGAGCUGAAUUUCCUCAGGAAAGCGCAGACUCUGGAGACCUACGGGGUCGACCCGCACCCUUGCAAGGACGUGUCGGGGAACGCGGCGUUUUUGGCCUUCACCCCCUUCGGUUUCGUGGUUCUGCAGGGGAACAAGCGCGUGCACUUCAUCAAGUGGAACGAGGUGACCAAAAUGAAAUUCGAGGGGAAGACUUUCUACCUGUACGUGAGCCAGAAGGAG